GCCCUCAGACUGCUUGCGCCGGCGGCGGCAGCAGCAGCAGUUCCUGGGAGAGCUCAGUGCGUCGUGUCGCCGCGGCUGUCCUGCAUUAAGUCUGUGUCACCUCCAGCCAACCGAGUACCGGUGCCCACCUACCGCUGCAGCCAACAAGUCACACAGCGCGUUUUAAGAGAGGAGGAGGAGGAAGAAGAAAAGUUCCUGCAAAAGGUUUUUUUUCUUCUCUGAAACAGCUGCAAUCCAGCUGCCUGGGGGUGGUGGGGGGCACAGGCAGGACACUGGUACAUUGUGCUGGGUGCCAGCUGCAGGGGACCCCCACGUGACCACCCUGGUACCUGCUGCAGACCUGACAGAUGCCCUGUGCCCCUUGUUGUUGAUCCACAGCUGUUAACCCCUUCAUUGCCUGCAGCCCUUCUAUGGCUUGGCAUUAGCAGCCACCCUGGAGAGUGUCGGCUGCAGUGGCGAUGUCAGAGGGCAUCUCUUUGUGCUUUGCCCAGUAAUAGGAUUAUGACCGCAUGCGAUGCUCUAAGUAAGAUCCUAUCUGCCUACGUUUUCCGCACGGCUGUGUCUUCUCUGUGUGAUCCCUGCCAAGAUCCAGCCUAGGCAUUCUAAAGAUUUUACGCUUUUUUUUAAAAUUUUUAUUUUAUUUGAUAUAUUAAGUAAUAUUCACCUUCGAUCCGUAAUGAUGUAAGGAUCGUCCACGCCAGGUCGGCCGCCAGACAGAUCCCACAUAUUGGGAUAAGUUGGAUUUUUUUGUAUUUUUUUUUUCCUGCAGAUUUUCCGCUUUUGUACCAAAAGGAUUUAGUUGUUUUUGUUUUCUUUUUUUUGUUUGUUUUUGUUUUUCGCAAAAAAUCGAGAAAAGAUGAUUCCAAGGCGGUCCGUGCAGUAUCUGAACUGUUUGCCAUUACUGGUCCUCUUGCCCUGUUCGGUGGUCCGCGGCGCCUCCGAGACCACCAACGUGGAAUAUUACAAUGCUAUUGUGAAUGUAACGGGGCAGGAGCCCGGCAGCAAGUCCGUGCUGGACGGCGGGCGCUACGGGCUGGACUCGCCCGUGACGGAAGCCAAAGGGAUCGUGGUGACGCCUGUCAACAUCCUUGGAGCUCCGGACAGACAGGGUUGCGACUCGCACAUACGCUUCCCUGUGCCUCCGAACACCAAGCACUGGAUUGCUCUCCUGCAACGCGGAAAUUGCACAUUCAAAGAGAAAAUCCUCAGAGCCGCGUCCCAUAACGCCACCGCCGUGGUCAUCUAUAACAACAAUUCCAAUGAAGAUACUGUCACCAUGACUCAUCCAGGAACUGGAGAUAUCGUUGCCAUAAUGAUUUCGGAGUCUACGGGUCGAGAAAUCCUCAGUUAUGUGGAAAGGAACAUCUCUGUGCUUAUGGCAAUAGCAGUUGGGUCUCGAAGCCCAGCCAAAAACUUGAGCCGAGGUUCUUUGGUUUUCGUCUCCAUCUCUUUUAUCGUCCUGAUGAUUAUUUCUUCGGCUUGGUUGAUAUUUUACUUCAUACAGCGGAUCAGGUACACAAGCGCUCGAGAUCGGAACCAGAGACGACUUGGCGAUGCAGCAAAGAAAGCCAUCGGGAAGCUUACGACAAGGACGGUCAGAAAAGGCGAUAAGGAAACAGACCCAGAUUUCGACCACUGCGCUGUGUGUAUCGAGAGCUACAAGCAGAAUGACAUUGUGCGUGUCCUGCCAUGCAAGCAUGUCUUCCACAAGGUGUGCGUGGACCCGUGGCUCAGCGAGCACUGCACCUGUCCCAUGUGCAAGUUAAACAUUUUAAAGGCCUUGGGUAUUGUGACUAAUGUGCCAUGCAGCGAUAAUGUAGCAUUUGAUGUAGAGAGACUCACCAGGAGUCAACCAAGUUCACGAGGAACUGCACCAAGUGACCCAGUGGAUGAGGGAUCGUUGAUUCUAGAAUCCCUGCGCUCUUCUGCAAUAUCACAGCUCCCGCACGAGGGAGAGAUCACUCCAAGGACAGGAGAAAUCAACAUAGCUGUCACAACCUUUGGGCAUUGGAGUGAUGUGUUGGCCAUGCUGCUGAAAUUGCUGUCGAGAGUGACUCCCUCCCAUUUCCUUUGUCAACAGAAGAAUGGUUCAUUAUUGCCAGUUUUGGCCUUCUCAGCGCCCUUACGCUGUGCUACAUGAUCAUCAAAGCCACGGCUAACUUGUACGCCACAGAGUAGUCUGUUUUUCCACCGAAAUUCCCUGUCUCCACGAAGCUUGGGUUACGAAACAGAGCUGUCCACCAUUGAGCCAUCUCUCGACAUCUAUGACGAAAACAAGACAUGAGCCGUUUUCUUAAUCAGCCAUUCUAUCUGCUGCCCCUCUACCUCUUCUUGUACUCCCUUAUUCCCCCGUCCACUCACCUCAUUGUACAUUAACAACUCGUGCUGCCCAUUUUGUGUUGUGUCCCAAGUGAAGAGCCGAAAAACAAAGCACAGUAUCCCAUCCCCUCCUGCCAAAGAAUUGGCAGCUGCAACAUGGACAGGGGACACUCCGGUCUCUUGCUAAUAUGGUGCAUGAUGAAGCACAAAAAAACAUGGAGACUGCAGACCGUUGCAUUCCCACUUUUACCUCUUCUAGCUAUUUAUCUUUAUCAGUUCUUCAAUAAUAUCUGGAUGUCAGUGGAACAAUUAUUUUUCUUUAUGUCACGAUAUUCAAGAAGCUGCAGACUUUUUGCUGCUAUCAGUUCAUGGUUAAGUGCAUUUCUGGUUUCUUCAGUGUCGAUGGGAAGAAAAAACAUUUCUACAGCAGUUUUUCUGCUGCUGAAGGGCUGAUCCACAUUUGCCUUUGGAUUGUCUCUGAAUGGAGGGAACAGAGAACGUCUCAAUGCUUGCUUCUAGUCAAAAUUUUGGUUUUCCAUUUUGGUGGUACAGUGGUCGUUGCCAUUUAUUGGACAUAUGAGGGGUGUGGGAACAGGGGUCUUAAUAUUUAAUGGGUUCAUAAAUAUGCUUUUUCUGGUCGUCUUAUUGGUGGUAGGCAUUCUAAGCACCAGUUUACAGAAAUAACUAAAGAAAGUAAAAGAUUCAGCUUCAAUUCAACAUAGAUAAAGCCACCAAAAUGUUCACAGUGGCCUUCACGAUCUUCUCUAGAUGUUUGUUUUGCGUGAACAAAUUAUCAGUUAGAAUCUCAUGAGCCGAACCAUUGUUGUGCUAGAAAGUCUAUUGGCUUAAAAAGAGACCGGAGGGUUGGACACUUCUAGUAGGAGCGUGACUACACUGAACUUUCUCUUCUAGUAGACCUGUAGUGAUUGACUACUAUAUUUGGGCUUCUGACCAGUCUCCUAGUUCAGUAAUGGACAUUCUUCAGGUUACUGCUGUAACUUACUAACAAGUAUUCAGCUGUUCAUAUUUAAAAAAUAAUGGUCGGAAUAAAAAGUGAUCAUUAUACAUCAGCAAAACUUCCUGUUAUUGUGCUUUUUGUCAAUGUGACCGGGUUAAAAGGAAUCAAUAGAGCGAGUAAUCAAGGAAUAGCACCAACAUUCAUUGUGCGACAGACAGGACAGAAACGGGUCCUAAAGACAAAACAACUGGAACCACUGUCCACAGAGUAAUGGUAUAGUCUGGGAUGGGCAGAUUCACACUUGCUAGCCACAGGGCAGCAAAACUCUUGGUCCUUCUCCAGAUGUGUGUCACUUUAGAUGUGUUGGCCUCAGCAGCAACUCCCUGCACCAGUGUAGCAAUGACAUUUUCAAUAUCCCAAGAAGGUGCUGGCCUUAGCUCCUCACUAGGUCUACCUGAAGACAUGGCUGUCAUCAGGGCAUUACUGGCUGUACUGCUGUCAUGGGCCCAGGCCAAAUUAAGUCAUGGGAUCCAGUAGGUUCGGCAGUAUGAAGGACAGGAAUCUCUGAUGGCAGUCCUGUCUAAAGGACCUUCUAAGCAAAGGUAAUUCUAAUAUCCCAAGAAAGUGCUAGCGGCAGCAACAGCUCUUGACUCCAAUGAGAAUCUUACACAUGCAGUUUAAUUUUCUAGGUGCCGUAGUCAAUAGCGACUGCGGCAUCUAAGUGGUUAGACAAAAGGAUUUAUUACGAUUAAAUAAAUAAAAUUUAUAUAAAAGAAACAAAUUAUAACCCACCUGUCAGAAUUCCAUUUUUUAUAAAACAGCCCAUUAUAAAAUUCUGACUACCUGUAGCUAUCACCCAUUUGAUGUAUGCUGUAUAUAGCUGACUUCAUCAAGCUUUCCCUAGUGGUGGCUGACGGCAUUCAAUAUUGUAUUACUUUGUAUUAUGUAGUUAUCCAAGUUGCAGAUGUGGUAUAAGAAGUAAAAAAAAAAAUAUUACUAAGCUCUUUGACACUUUGGGUGUUCUGCUCUUUUUUUUUUUUUUUAACUAGUGGAUGCAGGUGACUAGCACAGCUAUUCAGUGGCCUUAGUGGUCAUAUUCUGUACUAUUGGCAUCAUGGAUCUCAUCGCUUAGCUGUCCACAUUGAAUCACCCUAGGAAAGGACCAGAUUUUUUUUCUUUAGUUGCUGAUCAUCUUUUUUUUUUUUUUUUGUCAAAAACUUGGAUACACCUUUAAAGAGAUUCUGUCAUUACUUUCAUACUGCCCGAACCAUGAGUAUUUGGGGCUGCCCCUGGCAGCUUUUCCCUUCCCCACCAGCUUUGAUUGAUAAAUCUGUUUGGGUAUAGGGAGAGAUCUAUUAAUCAAGGCCAACAGAGCAGGUAGAAGCCACUGGGAACUGCCCUGGUGACUUGUGGUUUAUGCAGCAUGAAAUUGAUGACCGGUUUAAGUGCUAUUUCUCACUAGGGAAUUUCCGAACGGAGAUAUUCUAGGCAGAGAUUCCGUCUGGAGCUAGGACCGCUGAGAGAUGCACUGUCUUAAUUGACAGCAGUUCAUUUCAGAGUUGAUUCCAUCGAAAGAAUGAACAUGUUCAUUCUUUCGGUGGAGUCUAUAAGUUCGGAAUUUGCGCUGUGGAAAUUCUGUAGUGUAAAUGGGGCAGCAGAAUUCUAUUAAAGCGGAACUCCAGUGGGAGAAAAUUUCAAAUCAACUAAUGCAAGAAAGAUUUGUAAAUUACUUCUAUUUACAUAUCUUAACCCUUCCAAUACUUUCCAGCUGCUGUGUAUACUACACAAUUUUCUCUGUAGUAUAUCUGAAGUUUCUUCCAGUCUGACCACAGUGCUCUCUGCUGACACCUCUGUCGAUGUCAGGAACUGUCCAGAGCAGGAGAGAAUUUCUAGAUUUCUUUAGGGAUUUGCUUCUAAUCUGGACAGUUUCUGACAUGGACAGAGGUGUCAGUAGAGAGCACUGUUGUUAGACUGGAAAGAACUGCACAAUUUUCUCGGAAGUAUACAGCAGCUCAGAAGUACUGGAAGGGAUAAGAUUCUUUAAUAGAAGUAAUUUACAAAUCUGUUUAACUUUCUGGCACCAGUUGAUUUGAAAACAUUUGUUUUCCACUUGUUUCCACAAUUGUGUUGCACCUUCUCCCUGUUUCCCUGUGUCUGGUUAACUAAAUGCACCACAACAUCAAGGACAUCCCGACCACCAGCACACAGCACACUGGGACGCACCACUGGGAAUUCCCACCACUGUACCAACGUGCAGCCCUCCAUUGUCAAAAGUAGUUCACGCCUAGGGCCGGGUUACACUGGGACUGCCACACCACUUGCAGCAACGUUGACCUAUGAGGAGCAUUACUAGUCCCAGCAUACAACCCCCUAGAUUGCCACAUAUCCAUAGUGUGAACCCAGCCUUAAACUCCCUAAAGCCCUAUCCAGAUUUCCACGCCAAAAUUGGUGGUCUCUCAUACAGAAAGAGCAUUUUCAUCUUUAUUAGGUAACCUAGACAUCGAACAAGUUAAAUCAGGAACCUAUAACUAGUCAACCUACCGGAAUGUGGCUCUGAGCUAUUAUUACUAAUUAGCCUUGAAAUUCUUGUUGUCAAAAGGUUUUUGGCCUCUUUAUAGAGCCAUUCAGCUUUCAUACCCUGUUAAUUCUUGAAGGUCCCAGGAUCGGUAACCAUUGAAAACUGAAGAAGUUGACAUAAUUACCUGGUAUCUUGGCUUUUCUGGAAUAAAGGCCAUUUUCACAGCUCCUUGUAUCAGCAUGACUGGUAACUACUGUGAAAAAGAUACAGGUCUGGAUAAUUGCAGGGCCGGGAUUUUCAGCUGUAGCUUAGCUAAAAUUACCAGGAGAAUGUCUAAUAAUUCACAGCUUAACCCUACGCAGCCUAGACAUUUGUAUCUGUGUGAGGUGGUAAAGAACUCUGUGGUAAGAUGUCUGCAGCAGAGCUCGCCUGUGUAGAUGCCUGCUACUUGAUCAGCAAUAUUCAUAUGAGUAUUAAAAUGUCACCUUUUCAUUGG